GCUGAUAAAACCUAGUCAGUCGGUAUACAUGCUCAAUGCGACAGAGCUCGGGCUCCAACGAUACAGUUGUACGCAUGCUCUUGGCAUGGAAACCAUUUCAUCUACGGCAGCUUUCAAUGGGUUUCUUAUACCUUUAUCUAGGCUUCCAGACCGAUGACGUCUUUGUAGGAUCAUCAUCUGCUAUGUCAUAUCAAUAAUUGGGCUUGCGAUUUCCUUUCCUACCAACACGCUCUAUUCCAUAUCAAACCCUAAUUUCAAGCACCAAUCCCACCACUCAUACAUCUUUCAAAAUGCCGUCUUUGAACCUGACUCCCCUCGCCUCCCUCCGCCUAAGCACCCACUACAUCCCCACACACGCUCACAUCCCCAAUACAACGCCACAUAGCCAUCCCCUCUUCAUCUACCACUCUGCUUUUCCUCCCUCAACCUCAGCCUCCACAUUAGAGUCGCACCUCCCCACCAACAAUCUUUCUCCACAAUGGCGUUACACAAUGUACACCACGACGCACUAUCAUAGCACCACACAUGAAGUCCUCUGUGUAUUCAACGGCCGUGCAAAACUAUCGUUCGGCGGGGAAUCUAACCCUGGGAAGGUCGAAACGGAGGUCAAAGCCGGAGACGCUAUUGUUGUGCCUGCGGGUGUCGGGCACAGAUUGAUUGAAGAUGUCGAGGGUGGUUUCCAGAUGGUUGGCAGUUAUCCGAAGGGAUGUAGUUGGGAUAUGUGUUAUGGGAAGCAGGGAGAAGAGAAGAAAGCGGAGGCGGUGGGGAACGUGGAGUGGUUGGAAAAAGACCCCUUGUAUGGGAAUGAUGGCCCGGUGACUUGGGCUAAGGAGAAGCUCGAGAAGUUCUGUCGGGGGGACAAGAGUGAACUGUGAUUGUGUUGGAGGUGUCUUGUAGCGCCCUUAUCACUAUUGCAAUACUACAUCUCACUGUGGCGGACAGGUGACUUCAACAGUAAGGUCCCCUAGCAGUAUACUGAUUCCAUGAACGAGAGCUCCUAGCCUGGGGCCUUGUACGAUCUGCUGACACAGUCUCUUCUAGGGGUCGAUUUACUGAAGGUACCU